UUAUCACAUAUGAGAUAGGAUAUCAAUUCUUAGAGUCUGGUAACUGUUCAAUGGUAGAUGAUGAUGACAUUGAUAUUCAAAGACUACAGUUCUCUAAUUCAACCAAUGUCGAUACUUCUAUUACCAUUACUGGUCUUAAUGAUAGUUCUUGUUAUAUUUUUGGUGUACGUGCAUACACUGAUAAUGGAUAUGGAGAAUGGACAGUUAUUGCUAAUGAGACACUAGAGCUACCCCCACUACCAUCACUGAACUCAACAUCUGCUAGCACACUAAUAUAUGUUAUUGUAAGUGUAACUGUCAUUUCCAUUUUUAUACUCUUACUGAUACCAGUAAUAAUAGCUGUUGUUAUGGUCAUUAAAAUGAGACUAAAGGCCAAAGACAAAGUCAUCAUAACAGAUAAUAAGCCUGAAAAGAGUAAAA